GUUUCAUCGGUCUUCAGUUUAGUAUCUGGCGGAUUCAGGACGUCUAUAGUAGUGAGGAAGUUUCAGUUAGAAUUAAUUUUUUAAAACAACUAUAAAGUGACGCGUUAAUUAAAUUAAUUUUAUUGUUUGAAAUUCAAACAGAAUUCUAGAAUUAUUAUCGGAUGUUAGUGUAAUCCUUGAUGCUCAUCGAGUUAACUCAUCAGACAAAAAAAUUUUUUCUCAGAAAGAAUAUCAAAAAUAAAGUUGAAACUUCAACAUAAUAAUAAUAAACAAAUAAAAUGUUGAUGGAGAGAAACGAAUGUGAUUCAGACAUCGAAGAUUAAUUCCGCACAUAUGAGGCAUCUACUUUCUAUAAUAAGUAAAAAAAGAAGUGUUGAGGAAGAGACGAUUUUCUAUCGAAAAUAAUUAUUGAAUGCUUAGGUGAUUCAAUUGGCCAACAAAGAACAGAAAUAUAGAAAGGCUGGGAAUAACAAUUCCCAGCGAAUAAACAAGAAUCGUGGAAGGCUCACGGAAGUCAAUUAGCUAUUACGGGCCUUAUCAAAAUUCAUACAGCUGUAGCAACGGUCCGGCAAGCAUUUACGGAUAUCCAACGAAUCAUCCCACUCAUUUGCCACAUCAACUUCAUGAAGAUUACCGACCAAUUUAUUUUUAUGUAGCUCAACCAUAUACUAUACCAUAUACUUUUGCUAAAAGGCCUAAAAUAUCAUCUAUACAAAAAUCAAUAAAACAUCGGCCUAACUAUCGUGUCAAGUUUCAAAAAAAACUCAGCAGUGCAGAAUUUUCACAGAAAGUUAAGCAAGGAGAAUUUUCCAGAAGUCUGAAUCAAGUACAAUUUGUUAACGAUUCUUUUCCAGUGACAAGUUUUCCGAAGACUGCACACAUUCAUCCAGACCCCAAAAUGACAUCGAUGUUCCGAAGAGGCACUAUUUUUGCUACUUUUUUUUUGUCAUUACUUGGCGGUGGUUUAGUUUGUGCGGCAUUAGUUACACAGCAUUGGAUUGAAGCCAAGCCUUGGAGAACACCAAAUCCUGAAGAAAGUGCUGGGAAAAUUCAUUUUGGAUUGCUACAAGGAAAGAAAGAGUUAAAUGUCGCAUAUGGUUGGAGAACCUAUCCUAUAUCAGUUGCUCAAAUGAUUAAAUCGGACCCUUCUGUAAUGAAUUGGGGUCUUUGGAUAGCGACUCUAGUUACAACUUCCUUAGCAUUAGUUGCUGCUGCACUUUCUGCACUUUUGGCUGUUUUAAAUACCGCUACAACUCCGAGAACUAAAUUAUUUUCUGUACCUGGUGUUUAUUCCAUAAAUAUUCUCACGAUGAUUUUCUGUAUAACAAGCGUAGCAACAUGGUUAGCACAAUUCUUUAUAAAAUUAUACAAUAAUGUAUUACCGAAAGAAGAUAUAGACAACAUGUGGACUAGUGAAGGUUCUGCAGAAUUAGGUUAUUCAUUUUGGUUGGUUGUAAGCGCUGGAAUUGUUCACUUGAUCAGCAUUGCUCUAGUGGGUUGGGGAUCUGGGAGAACCAAGAAUGAUAGGCUCGAGCCUAUUCCUGCUUUGGAAGAAAAAACAGCUGCGGCCAUAAUGCUAUAUUGAAAUUUGCAGUAUGAAAAAUAUUUAUGCUUUCGGAGCCAUUAUUUAGGAGUGCUUGAGAAAUCAAACUUUAUCAACAAAUUGCCAGAUAAUUUAAUUUAAGAUUUUUUUCAUCAAAUUUAAUCUUAAAACUUUUAGUCAGAUUAGUAAUAAGAUUCGCAAUUGUAUUAUAAUUUUUUCUUUAUGGAAAUUAAUUAACUUGUAAAUAGACAGAAGUUUCAAUGAAACUUUGCAGCUUCCUUAGAAAGUAACUAUUUAUUGAAAGAUGGACAUUUGUAGAUAUUUGAUAAAAAUUUUACUAUUGUAAUGGUACUAAACUUUUAUAAAAU